UCAUAAAAGUCGCGUUUACGCUCUUAAGGCGAAUUGGAGAGCACUGCAUUGGAGAGCACUGCAGGAAUAGAAACUGUAUAUAUUCGAUUCGUCCCGUCCCGGCCGCGGCGGCGACGGAGGAACCCUAACUCUCUACCUUUCGCAAGUUCGCAAUAAAACUGUAUAUAAUCAAUGGACAACGCCGGUAGGGCUUCCUCUGAGCAAUCACGAGCUCCCGGCGAUACCGAGACGUCGAGAGAAGUUUCCGAAAGACGGUUCCACGGGUGCAAGCAUUACAGGAGGAGGUGCAGAAUUAGGGCUCCGUGCUGCGACAAGAUUUUCACUUGCCGCCAUUGUCACAACGAAGCUACAAUUUCUCUGAGCAAUCCGGAGGAGAACCAUGAGCUUGUUCGCCAUGAUGUUAAGCAAGUCGUUUGUGAUGUUUGUGAUACAGAGCAACAGGUUUCCAACCGCUGCACCCAUUGUGGAGUCAAGUUUGGAGAAUACUUCUGUGAUAUAUGCAAAUUCUAUGAUGAUGAUGUCAUGAAAAGGCAGUUUCAUUGUAGCGAGUGUGGCAUAUGUAGAGUUGGUGGACGCGAAAAUUUCUUUCACUGCCCAAAGUGCGGAUCUUGUUAUACAAUAGAUCUGCGUGAUAAUCAUCAGUGUGUUGAGGACUCAAUGAAGAACCAUUGCCCUAUUUGUUACGAGUACCUUUUUGACUCAACAAAACUAACGAAAGUUAUGAAAUGUGGGCAUACAAUUCAUUUGGAUUGCUACGACGAGAUGUUUAAACAAAACCAGUAUCGCUGUCCUAUCUGCUUCAAGUCAGCUCUGGAUAUGUCGAGGACUUGGGAAAGAUUAGAUCGAGAGAUCGAAGCUACACAGAUGCCUGAAGAAUACCGAUAUAAAGUUCAAAUACUCUGUAACGACUGCAACACCACCAGCCGGACAUUCAAUCAUAUAAUCGGCCACAAGUGCCAGCAUUGCAAUUCGUACAAUACCCGGGUGGUGAGUGGGGAGAUCGAAAGCCCGGAAUCGAGCUCCGACUGAACUCAAGGUAAAAAGGGUUUUAAGCUUCUCCUAUGGUUUUUAAGCUUUAGGUCUGUCGUGCUUUUUGUAUGGAAAGAUUGGAUUUUUCAUCCCCUUUUUUGCCACUAAUGUUUGAAUUGUGCAUUUUGUCAUAUGGAUAAAUGUAUCAGUGCACUACAUUUUGGGGGAA